CAAUAAAAUCAAAACAAGCACGUGGUAUGCGUAAGCGGGAACGAGCAUUGUACGUGCGCGCUAUCACAGCACAGUGACAAAUAUGGCGGCCGCCGCCGGAUCAGGCGUUGUUGUUCCUCGCAGCUUUCGGCUGCUGGAGGAGCUGGAAGAAGGUCAGAAAGGUGGUGGAGACGGUACGGUGAGCUGGGGCCUCGCAGAUGAUGACGACAUGAUGCUAACUCACUGGAACGGCAUGAUUAUCGGCCCUGCUAAGACUGUUUAUGAAGGCAGAAUAUACAGUCUGAAAAUAGACUGCGGUCACAGAUACCCAGAGUACCCGCCUAUGGUCCGCUUUGUUAACAAAAUCAACUUGACUGGUGUUAACAGUUCAACUGGUGUGGUGGACCUGAAGUCUGUGUCGGCGCUGUCCCGGUGGAAGAACUCCUACAACAUCAAGAUGGUGCUGCAGGAGCUCAGGCAGCACAUGAUGAUGAAAGAGAACAGCAGGCUCUCCCAGCCGCCGGAGGGCCAGGUCUACAGCAACUGAAGCUGCUGCUACUGUCAACACUCUCUCACACACACACACACAGAUAUAUACAUAUAUAUAUAUGCACACACUCUCUGAAGCUGUUCAACCAUCAUGUUAUCCAAGACUGUCAGCCCCAACUUCUUCCUAUCAGAGCCUUCCGUUGCCCGGAGAACCCAGCCGCCUCACCCGCUGCCCAGACGUCUAUCACGCUGACCAGCGGU